UAUCAUGGAGGAUCAGUUAGCGAACGGCAGCCAUUGAAGAUAGCCGAGCAGUUGGUCCGCUCUCUGGAGUUUGUAACAAUUGUGUUUCUUUAAACGCUCUUGCCUCUGUGUAACAACCACCAACGACAAAAUGGAGAUGAAGAAAAGAAUCGGUUUAGAGCUGAGAAACAGAACUCCAGCCGAGGUCGCAGAGUUGGUGGUGGAUAAUUGUCGCUCGAGUGACGGAGAGAUUGAAGGCUUGACAGAUGAGUUUAAAGAGCUGGAGUUCCUCAGCAUGGUCAAUGUGGGCCUCACCUCUGUUGCCAAGCUACCCUCACUGCCAAAACUGAGGAAGUUGGAGCUGAGUGAUAAUAACAUCUCAGGGGCACUAGAGGCACUUGCAGAGAAAUGCCCCAACUUAACGUACCUAAAUUUGAGUGGCAACAAGAUCAAAGAACUCUGCACACUGGAGGCCCUGCAAAACCUAAAGAACCUAAAGUGUUUGGACUUGUUCAACUGCGAGAUCACCACAUUGGAGGACUACAGGGAAAGCAUCUUUGAACUGCUGCCUCAGGUCACAUACCUGGAUGGCUUUGAUGCAGAGGACAAUGAAGCUCCAGACUCGGAAGCUGACGAUGAUGAUGAUGAGGAUGAGGAUGGUGAGGAAGGAGCUGGGAAACUUGGAGACUAUGAGGAAGAAGAGGAGGAAGGCUCAGAGGGUGGAGAAGUUGGGCUAUCCUAUCUAAUGAAAGAAGACAUCCAGGAUGAGGAAGAUGAUGAUGACUAUGUGGAAGAGGAGGAAGGAGAGGAAGAAGAGGCUGAAGUUCGAGGGGAGAAGCGAAAGAGGGUCGCUGAAGAUGAGGGUGAAGAUGACGAUGAUGACUAACCCUAUUUGUUUGACUUCUUGGAAACAAUAGAUCAACCCUGAAAAAGACCGUGAUCUUGCAGAUUGUUUUUCUCUUUGUAAACCAUAGAUAUGUCAUUGUAGAAGCUAAGUGUUUUCUUUUAUAAAUACAUUAUAUAUUACACUAUAUAUAAAAGGGGUUUAUUGACGAUUCAUUUAUAGCCAUUCCAAGUUUAUUUCUCAACACAGAAAUCAGUGUCAUCAAGGGGUGUGCUUGGGGAGGUUUGCGGGUCAAGUUUGAGAUUUCGUGAUUCCAAAUAUGCUGGUCGACAGCCCAUUUGCAUCUAGAGACAGCACUAGGAUUUCUGCUUGUCCAAAUCCGGCUCCCAGUGACUUUACGCAAGGCCUCUGUGAGAAGAGUCCUGCUCUUCCUCUACCUCUCCAGGUCUCAUUUUCAGCCCACCAUGGAGCGGCACACCAAUCAUCUCCAGCCAUCAACCCCUUUGUUCCUUGAUCGACCAAACACUGCCAAGGAUCUUGUCACACUCUUUGAAUGGGAUGGUCUCCAAACCUUCACUUUUUCUUAUAGAUCAGGCUUGCUUGUGUAGGCAAACCAGAUGGCAUGUAAUCUCAUACAUUUUAAGUGUGAUGUAUGUAAAUGUGAUGUAAAUGAAUUGGGCAAAGAUUGGGAGUUGAGCUAUCGAAUUUGUAUUAAUCUCAAAAUAGUUUUUAGUACAGAUACAUCAUGGAUUGUUCUUAACCUGUAAGCAUUUCACCCUUCCUCAUGUUUUAUGCAGAAGUCACCUAUUUUUGACAAGAUGUCAUUUUGGAUCUAGAGCAAUGUUGAAGAUCAAGAUUUGUUCAAUUUUAAGAGAAAUGGCAUUGCUGGAAAUUUCUCAUGUUCAUGUUUUACAGCUUUGUUGGUUUUAAACCCUUUGUACCUUUUGUCUUUGUUGAAACUGGUUAGUUUCUACCUUUUGUUGAGGCAUUUUACAGAGUAAUACCUUUUUAAUCUAAUAUUGUAUGGCAAUAUGUAUAUAGUAUCUGUUUCAACAGGUUGCCGUUUUUUGUGUUUGUUCUCCCCCUCUCUUUUUUAACAAAUCUAUUUGGUCAAUUGUUUUAAAAUUACUUUCAUACACACAGGUCACCUGUUUAAUUUCCAGUUCUUGGUUGUUGUGCGAGUGUUGUAUUUGGGGUUUUAUGUGCUGUAAACCUCUCAAAGAUUAGUUUUUUCGUUGGAUUUUGAUGUUUUUAUUUCAAUUGGAAGUUUGGGUAUUUUUUUCCUUCAUUUUUUUCUUAGAUUGCAAGCUCUGUUUUUCCGAUCAUGAACCGUUGGAGUUAGUGUAAUGAGUGAAUGAGUUGUCCUUUUGAUUAUUAAAAUGACAGCUCCUUGGGAUGUUAUGGUCAAAAGAUGUACAUUUGUGCAGAAAAGGUUUCUGUAAUCUGAUUAUAAAAUUAUGAAUUUUCACAUUGUAGCCUAUAAAUUUGUUUUUGCAAAUGGUAGCCUGAAACAGGUGAGAAAGCACUGUUUUUAAUGUCUCCAGCGUUGAUGGAAAUUAGUGAUGUUUCAAUCUCUUUUUAGAUGAAUUUGGAAAAUAUUUAUAACAGACUUUCAAUGAAUGCGACGUAUGUUUGAUGUGGAAAAUAAAGGAAAACCUUU